UCCGGCGGCGUUCCGGCUCAGUCGUCUCCGAGCAAAGCUCCGGCGCGUAAGCUUUCUAAUCGGCAGAACCGAAACCUGUGUCGCUCGCGCGCGAAGCCAGGCUGCAGUUUUGUGUCAGUCACUUGACCAGGAAGUUGUGACCAGGACUAUACCUACUACGCACUCGUUGUCUUGUUUCCUGCUGUUUCUACUGCACUUAAUUCUUGGAGUGUACGAUGGCCACCGGAGUUCUAGUAAGCUACCCGGCACUUCACGAAUCGCGACCCACGGUCUUCAAGAAAGAUGUGUCCAUCCGGCACUCUAAGUCAGACCCCAUGCUGGUGGCACUGUCGCACAACUCUAUGGCUUGCUGCUGGGAUCGGGACAACUGCUGGGACCAGGACAACUGUUGGGACAGCAUAGAAGAUUUGGCAGAGCAAGAGCUGCUGGCGCAAGGAGCCGACGCAGUCACCUUGGAGGGCCUCAAGAGCCUCUACAACUGCUGCUUCACGUGCGGGGUGAGUUGGUCUGAGGACCAGGCUUCUCUGGAUUGUGCCGAGUGCGGAGGUUACGCCCUGCACCGGCCUUGCGUACACUGCAAUGGCAGCUGCGGCGGAGCCUGGAGCAGAGACUUGGUUGCUUCCCACAAGCUGAGGCGUGCCCAAUGGAUCGGCGAGUGCAAGAAGGCACCCCAAGAUGCUGCUGUUUCACAGAGCCAGGACUCCUGAGGAAUCUGCUUUCUAGAGUGGCUCUCGAGAAACAGCACUUCCGUCGACUGUACAUAGGCAGGAGCUCGUCGCUCCAACCGUCUCACCUUCUCCAGCUCACCUCAAUCAGAGCCUAAGCAUUGCCGCUGCGCCAACAAGACCACUACAUGUGUUUCGUCGGUACACCACCGGUGACAUUCCGACCCUCUAUGAUGGCCUCGCCGUGAGAAUUCGCUAGCCACGGAUUCAGAUGACACUGUGCUGUGUUGAAGUAUUUCAUAUUGUCGUCGCCCACCAUCUACGACCACGGCACUCUGCUUCUCGGUCCCGUCUGCAGUACCAACGCUGAUGGACCCUCUGCCACUCCAUGAUGGAGAAAAGGGCCCCACGAACGGGAUACCCGUGGCAUCUGGAACAUUCCAAUGUGUGCAAAGUUAAUGGCUCUCAAUGAGGUGGUCUAGGGGAGCGUGUCACUGUGACUGGGAAAUGUUCUGUAUAUACGUACGUGAUUCUCGUUUCACACAUAGUCGUCCAUUCUCGCGAUGUCCAGUACUUUCGCUACUUGAGGUUUUCAUUACUGAAAAAAGUAUUGGUGCUUAUAGUGCUUUCAUACCUGAAAACCAAUUCGUACAAUUACCUACCUAUUCUUGCAAACAUUGGCAUAUGCUCAAAGAGAUGAACCGUCGCUUUCUAUGGUGUUUUUCUGAAACCUAGUGUAAAUUAUACCACAUGUACACUGUGUGAAAUGAUCUUCAACCUCUCAUGCGCAUUUUACCUUACUGCUGAGGCAAGUAGGUGUCGUUUAAGUUAAAACUUCUGUCUGAACUCCUCAAAAUUUAAACGUGCAUGCUGAGCUUAUUUUUUAGCAGCACUCAAGCAACGGCUAAACACCAAAGGCAACAUGUUUUCAUUUUUAUUUUGAGUAUAAAGCUGCUACUAAGGUAACCUUCGCCUGCUUAAAUUUUUAAUACGGUCCUUGCAAUGCAAAGAUAACUCAAAACAUUUCAUUGUUGUGAAAAAAAAUUUUGAAACCAUGUUGUGUCGAGUGUGCCAUUUUCAUCACCGCUUGUUGUGUUUUCUGGCAAAACGUCACCAUUGCUUUGCACGAAAUUGUCCAUCUGUACAUUUAAGACACAGUAGAGGUAUGAAAUUGUAAGAGCUGCUGUCAAGAGUGUUGCACAAGUUUUCCAAAAAAAAACAGGCUGUUUGACUAAGCCAGCCACCAUCGAAAACUGUACUUUAGAAGUUAAAGGUUUCCACCUGGUGCCGGCAAAAUGCGUGCACUAUAUGUCUAGUCAUUUCUGGAAGCACACUGGUCUUUCAAGAAAUUGAUAAACAAAGGCGAGCACAAACUUUGUCUUCUAGAUUUUACGAAUGAGUUUCAAUACCGCAUUCUGUUUUAGAUGUCGCAUACUUCAAACACAUGCCGACAUGUCUGACGGCUCGUUACGAGCAACAGUAACAUUACACUUGAUAAUACCACCAAUGACUCACAGGCUACACCUGUAGCAUCUGACAGCCCAUAAAACCUCUGUCAAUUUCAUGCCUCUAUGAUUUGCACCUCAUUAUGCUGUCUUUUGAGGAAACAGCAGCAGGUUUGUUUUUAAGUUAUUCACUUGCACACCAAAGCUGCGUUUGUCGCAUGUGUACGAUUUCUGUCUCUUUUUGAAGUAAGGAAACUGAACAUUUUGUUAUUGUUGUGCCAAAGUUGUAUUUAAUGUGUGACGCAGACAUGUUUUUCUAUUGUAAAGCAUUGCUGUCACCAAAUACUAUCUGGUCUUGCCACCGCUUCCAGUUUAGUUCUAAUUACAUUUGUGAAAGAAAAUGGAUCAAACGAUGUCCAAAGGGAACGAGUGCUUUGAGAAAAUGCUUCACAGAACCAUUUGUGAGACAAGUGCCUUGGGAAUGCGAGGGAGCAAUCCACAGAGUGUGUAUUUUUGUAAGCGGAGAAGACAGAUGCCAGAGAUGCCUAGGCACAAGUUGUCCAACUUUACCAAAGGAUUAAAGGAAGCGAAUGAGCCUCCAAAUGGUUGAAGCCAGCGUGAAACAGCAGAUCCAAACAAAAGAUUUCCUGUCUAGUAAGGUGCCUCAAAUGCAUCAACGGUAGCACUGGUUUCAUAAGCCACCUUAUUAAUUUGUGGGUCAUCAUGCAUUUGCGAUAUGCAAUUUGUGCAAGAUAGCUGUUGUACAAAUGCUCGCGGUGAAGUCAACUGCUGACAUUAUGAUGGUACAUUAUGCAGCGGGCAUGCUUAGCCACCGAUUAUCUCUCAGUGCACACUUUGUCCACUAAGGUUUAAAGCAAAUACAAGCAAGUCGCCAUUGAUACAACCUAUAAUGGUUUACAAAGGCACCACAAGCAUUCAACUAUCGAAAUGUCCGUGUAAACGAAUAACAUGGCCUACACGGUUCACGCUUUUAGCCUUCUGGACGCCCAUAUCAAAAUUUCUGAAUCCGCGGAUGUCAAACCUCCAACAGCUCUGUUCACCAAGCGUGUUUUAUUUAGAUGUAUUGGACCGAGUAUUAUUUUUCGUACUUUCUAUGGUUUGCAAUAAAAAUGUUGUCACAGAA